AUGUGGGUACCUUCGAUAAUCUUACUGCUGCUGACUUGGAUUCUGCGCCCCGUCUACACCCCCAACUCCUCCUAUGCGGUGGUAGUGGACGCCGGUUCCACCGGUUCACGAGUGCAUGUCUUCAAAUUUAGACAUGAGACAAACCAGUCUCUGCCUAUUCUUGAAGACAAAUACUUCGAGUUCACUCGUCCGGGGCUAUCGUCAUUCGCGACUGAGCCCCAGCUGGGCGCUGAGACUCUUCGAGGCAUGCUUAACCGAGCUACAAACUGGAUCCCAAGUAAACACCAAACCGAGACCCCCAUCUGGGUCAAGUGCACCGCAGGCCUUCGAAUGUUGACCCCCGAAGAACAGGUCGGCAUUCUGACAUCGGUGGAUAAUCUGCUUACAGAAUAUCCCUUCCAAAGGAGUGCCGAGGCUGUGGCCGUUUUGACCGGCGAGGAGGAAGGCUUCUUUGCCUGGAUGACGCUAAACUAUCUGCUUGGACGUCUCCAACACAAUAGAACCGUUUCCGUGGCAGAACUGGGCGGUGGAUCAACCCAGAUCGUCUUUGAGAUUGAGCGAAACAAGGGUGGAUGCUCUUCCAUGGCCGUGGGAGAUGAUGAGAGAAAGUUCGAUCUGUACCAGUACUCUCAUCUCGGCUAUGGGCUAAUGGAGGCCCGAAAGAAGAUUUUCGAGCUCAACAAUGGUCGAAUAAACCCUUGCAUCGGUAAGGGUAUGAGCAAGGUGAUCAACGGCAAGACAGAAGCAGGCUACGAACUGACUUCUGACGUUUUGAACGACCAGGAGUGUAUCGCUUACAUGGAGAAGAUUCUCCACACCGAGCCUUGCACCCAUUCGUCCUGCUCAAUCAACAAUGUCUACCAGCCUCCCAUCGGCACCUACAAUGGAGACUUGUAUUUGAUUUCGUAUUUCUAUGAUCGUACCUCAAACCUGGGCCUCCAGAACGAGUUCUCUCUAAGAGAUGUGAAAAGGCUUCAGGAGAAGGUGUGCCAUGGGCAAUGGACAGAUAUCUCUGGACUUUCUGAAAUGGCUUUCAAAGAGCUUCAGGGACGUCCAGAAUGGUGUCUCGAUCUGUCGUUCAUGUACACUCUUCUUCACUCAGGCUAUGGUAUUGCCUUAGACAGACCACUGAAGACGGUAAAGAGCCACGGAGGAAACGAGGUCUCCUGGGCACUCGGUGUCGCCCUCCAGAAUGCCGCUGGAUACUAG